CAAAACAUGUAUUCAUCGUGGUGUGUUGGUUGCCGCCGGACGGCACUUCUUUUGACACCGUGUCAACAGCAAAAGGUACUUCGGUUUUCGGUUUCGUCAACGACAGCAGCCGCGCGUGCGAGACAUUUUCGUAGCUCGUUCUUUGGUGAAAAGUUAUCACCAGUUUGGAACGCACCGAGUCGUGUUUUUACCGGUAGUGUGCAACUUGUUCGAGGAUUUCGGUCAACGAUAGCCGUCACGGGAAGCUCUUGCAUUAAAAUGACCGGCACCAGGAAGUAUCAGGUUGUCGAACGAGGUGCUCAGAAUUCGACCGAUUAUCGACUUUUUUUCAAAACCACCGACGGUCAGGCUGUAUCGCCACUGCACGACAUUCCACUGUACGCAAACGAUGCCAAGACCACACUGAACAUGGUCGUAGAGGUGCCCCGUUGGACCAACGCCAAAAUGGAGAUCAGUCUCGGCGAAGGAUUGAAUCCCAUCAAACAGGAUGUCAAAAAGGGCAAACUUCGGUUCGUUGCCAACUGCUUUCCACACCAUGGUUACAUUUGGAACUAUGGAGCGUUUCCGCAGACGUGGGAAAAUCCGGAUCACCUGGAUCCGAAUACCGGCUGUAAGGGCGACAACGAUCCAAUCGACGUUCUCGAGAUCGGCUCUCGUGUGGCAAAACGAGGUGACGUGAUACAAGUUAAAAUUCUCGGUACAGUUGCGCUAAUCGACGAAGGCGAAACUGACUGGAAAAUAAUUUCGAUCGAUGUGAAUGAUCCACUUGCCGCCCAGGUAAAUGAUAUCGGUGACGUAGAAAAGGUAUUCCCGGGACUGUUGAAGGCAACUGUCGAGUGGUUCAAAAUUUACAAGAUUCCUGAUGGCAAACCGGAAAACCAGUUCGCAUUUAACGGAGAGGCCAAGGAUGCGGCUUUCGCGACGAAGGUUGUAGAAGAGACCCAUAAAUUCUGGCAAGCCCUGAUUAGCAAGGAAAUCGAAGACACUGGCAUUUCAUGUUUAAAUACAGCAGUUGAGGGUUCGCCAUACCUCGUUGCUGCGGAUGCGGGUUUAGAAGUACUUGCUAAGAGCUCAAACAGUGGAGAAUCGCAGCCUCUCAGUGAUAGCAUUCACAAAUGGCACUUCCGCCAAGAGAAUGCCUACUCCAAGCUGUAGACAACGCGCUGACCGGAAUAUUCUGUAGUUUAAUCUUCUGAUGAACGAUGGAUUCAACUGCAUAUUCUGUUGCCUUUUACUGCUUACCUUCCAGUAGAUUUAUAUUUAUUAUGUAGUAAUUUGCAAUACAGUUAUAAUGUUUGACUUUCUUUGCUUAGUUAUUAGCAAGUAGUUUGGAUUGUAAAAAAUAUACACUUAGUAACACCGUUAA